GCAUUACCUAUCGCUAUUUCUUAGCCAAACGCCAGGCCAAGCGCGGAGAUGUGAAUUUCACAAACUCAUUUAAAUAGCCAAAAAUCCAAACGGCCCACAUAAAGCCUUUGCAACAUUAUCAGAAUUAAGGAAUUAAAUCAAUGAAAUGGCAGUUGACUGAAGUUUGUUAAAGCAGCAGCUAACGAAGAACGAGCAUUCCAAAAGUGCGCAGUAAAAAUCAAUAACUGUUUGUGGCACACGCACACGUACACACACACACACACAUGUAAAGCGCAUAGCCUGCGAGCAACAAGCACCCACACAAAAACACACAAAAAAAAUGUCUGACGAAGAAGAAGAAUCCAUGUCGGAGGGAUUUUCGGCGAGCGAGGAAGAUGAAUGGAAGCCGAACAAAGAUGCUCGCGGUGGCGAAUCCUCCGAUGAUGAUGACAGCGAAUUCGAAGAGCUGCCCGGUGGAGCAGCAGCAGCAGGCGCUGCCGGCGCCAGCGGACGCUCCUCAGCGUGCGGAAAUAAGAAGAGAGAGCAGAAGCCGCCGAGUGGCAUCAAAGGCGCUUCAGUGAAGAAACGAAAGCCAAGCGGCCAAUCGUUGCGUUCGAAACUCUACAAUAAAUAUCGUCCGCUACCCAAAACCUUUCCCACUUCACCCACACAACAGAAUUCGCCAACAGCUUCGGCUUCGGGUUCUGCCAGCCGUCUGACGGCCUCAAAAAACGCCAAAACGCCCAAUGAAAGCAACAAUGCAAUAGACUCCAGCAGCGAAUCGAGUGUGGAUGAUUACCUAGUUAAGCCCGCUGAUCUUGAUUUGCGUUCCAGUUUCUUUAUGGCCAGCCGAGAGAAGUCACCAUCAGCACCGCCUCCACAAUUCGAUUGUAAUGCGGGUAUAGCGCAACUCUCUGAUUCCGGCUCGGGCUCAGAGGAUAACAACGAUAGCAGCUUGGAGGAUAAGGCUUUUGAUUUUCGCGAUCUGCUCGAGAAUGCGAACAGCUUGGAACGCACACGCGAAGCUCUGCUUAGCAAACGGAAUGCCACAGCUACGCCGCCGGCUACCAAAUCAAACGCUGCUGCAAUGGAUGUCAAUGCUUUGCUUGCAUUGGGCGAGAAUCAAAACUACGCCGAACAGACGGAUAAUAAACAACCAAAAGAGAUGCACGCAUCGAGGCGUCGUUCAGAAGGAACAGGAACUGGAAGAGCGGGAGCAACCAGAGUGGGAGCAGAGGAAACUGGAGCUGCAACGCAGCCACCGCCCUUGGAUGCACCAUCGCGUCUCAGCAAAACCAAAUCGACACGCAUCAAGAGGCACACAAAAACCAGGCCGGCUUCCACAGUUUUAGCUGCCGGGGACACCGACGACUCCGACUUCGAGGAAGUUGCAGAUGCUCAGCUGAGCAGCGAUGCGGAUGCGGAUGCCACGCCCAAUGUGUCAGGAGAUUUGGAAAUUGUUGUGGGCGCACAGCCCACGCGCCUAACCAAAGAGCAGAAGACACAGCACGAAUUGGAGCUGGCGUUGAAGCGUCGCCUGAACCGCGACAUCAAGGAUCGUCAGCUGCUCAUGCACAAAGUGAGUUUACUGUGCCUGUUGGCGCGCAGCAUGAAAUACAAUCGCCUGCUGGCAGACACGACACUUAUGGAGGCCACGCUCAAGCUGCUGCCCAGCCGCAACGCUUAUCCCACCGAAAAGGGCGUCGAGUUGAAGUAUUUGCAAUCAUUUGUCACCUGGUUCAAGACCGCAAUCAAGCUGCUCAGCCAGGAUUUAUAUGCGUCGCAGGCCAAGGCUGGCUCGAAGCGCGCCAUAAUCGAGGAGCUGCUGGCACAGAUUAAGCGCAAGGAAGCCCGCUGCAAACAGGAUAUGAUCUUCAUAUUCAUUGUACUUGCACGCGGCAUGGGCAUGAACUGUCGCUUGAUUGUCAAUCUGCAGCCGAUGGCAUUGCGGCCGCAGGCCAGCGAUUUGAUACCCAUUAAAUUGAAGCAGGAGGAAAAGAAUAAGAGUCAGACGAUUAAAACAGAGAAGGAGGAGGAGGAGGAGGAAGUGGAGGAGUUGGAGGAGUUGGAGGAGCAGAAGGCAAGCAGCUUGAAGCCAGUCGAGUCCAAGCCUCGAGCAGUUGUUAAGAGAUCUGCCAGCAAGAGCAGUCCAAAGCCCAACUCUAGCUCGAAUAUACCAGCCAAAGCUGCCAAGAAAGACACUGAAGAGUUGAAGAGCAGCAACAGCAGCGCCAAGAAACCCAAAGGAGAGCCCAAGAGCAGCUCGAAAACAGCUGCUGCUGAGUCCAGAUCAAACAGCCAGAAAUCCAAAAUCAAACACUCCGAUAGCAACUCCGAAUCAGAGCUCAAAGCUGCCAGCUCCAACUCUAAAGCGAAGCCCAAGACGAACGCACAGAAGAUGAAUGUGGAACACAAAGCCAGCAGCUCACGGUCUGCCACGACUGCUGCAGUCAAGGCAGACGCAAAGUCAAGCACAGGCAAGCCCGUGGCGGCGCCCAAGCCAAUCGAAGUGGCCAACGAAGUGAAACCUCAGCUGAUGCGCCUGAAGCGUGCACCAAAGCUGCCCGAAGCGGGUGCUGUGAAGCGUGCCAAGCAGCAGCUGCAAGUUGAGGACUCGCCUGUGGCACGCCGUACACGCAAGGCAUCCGUCGACAAGGAGAAAGCCGAAGAAGUUUCCUAUCCAGCAGCUAAAGUAGGUUCCCCUGUAAUACCCAAAAUAUUGCUGCGCAAUCCUAAGGCAAAGAAGACCAAACAGAAUGAUGCUGAGAACGCCAAGCCCGGCGGGAAUCAGCUCGUGGAGUGCGAGACGCGCCCGAGCAGCAAAUCGUCCAAGACGUACAUCUCGACACAAUUCUUAAAAGGCGACCAUGAUGCAGCUGCUGCUUCAACUGCAGCCAAGUCAGGCAGAGCCAAGAUCACCAAAGAUGAUGAGCCCAAACGGGAGCUGCGGACGCGUCAGCAAAAGGCCAAAAUGCUGGCCAUACCUCAACUAGAUGGCGGCGACGAUAGCUUGCCAUUGUCCCAGAGGCGAAUCAAGUUGCAGAAGCUGCAGAAAUCCCAGAGCCAAAGCAGUGGUUCAACGUCUGCAGGCUCAACGCCCAGUCCAGCCAUCAAGAAGGCUCCGGUGCUGCCCAAAGUAGUGCAGCAUCUACGCAAAGAUCGUCGCGUGCUCUCCACAGACGAUGAGUGCGUCAAGGAGAAAAAGAAAACCACAGCAUCCGAUAUGUGGGUGGAGGUGUGGUCUGAGGUGGAGGAGCAGUGGAUAUGCAUAGAUCUGUUCAAGGGCAAGCUGCACUGCGUGGACACCAUAAGGCGAAACGCCUCCUCGAGCCUAGCCUAUGUCUUCGCCUUCCAGGACGAUCUCAGUCUAAAGGAUGUAACUGCACGCUACUGCCCCAGCUGGACGACCACGGUGCGCAAGUCACGCGUGGAAAAGUCCUGGCUAGACGAAACACUAGCUCCUUAUUUGGGCAGGCGAACGAAGCGUGACAUACGCGAGGAUGAAGAACUGCGUCGCAUACACUCCGACAAACCACUGCCCAAAUCCAUAUCCGAGUUCAAGGAUCAUCCUUUGUAUGCGCUCGAACGGCAUCUACUCAAAUUCCAAGGUAUCUAUCCACCAGAUGCACCCACUCUGGGCUUCAUACGUGGCGAGGCUGUGUACGCCCGUGACUGCGUACAUCUGCUGCAUUCACGCGAGAUUUGGCUGAAGAGCGCGCGCGUCGUCAAGCUGGGCGAACAGCCCUACAAAGUUGUCAAGGCGCGACCUAAGUGGGAUAAGCUCACACGCAGCGUCAUCAAGGAUCAGCCGCUGGAGAUCUUUGGCUAUUGGCAAACGCAAGACUAUGAACCGCCCACAGCCGAAAAUGGAAUGGUGCCACGGAAUGCCUAUGGAAAUGUGGAACUCUUCAAGGCAUGCAUGUUGCCCAAGAAAACAGUGCAUCUCAGAUUGCCCGGUCUGAUGCGUGUCUGCAAGAAGCUGAACAUAGAUUGUGCGAAUGCCGUUGUGGGCUUUGACUUCCAUCAGGGCGCUUGCCAUCCCAUGUACGAUGGCUUUGUUGUUUGCGAGGAGUUCGCCGAGGUUGUCAUCGCUGCCUGGGAGGAGGAUCAGCAGGAGCAGGCGCGCAGGGAGCAAGAGAAGUACGAAACGCACGUCUACGGCAAUUGGAAGAAGCUCAUCAAGGGGCUAAUCAUACGCGAGCGCCUCAAAGCAAAAUAUAAUUUUUGAAUUCAAUUUAUGUCUCUCUUGUGUUUGU